GUGAUGCAUGGAAAAAUUUGCAAAUAUUCGAUCGACCAUUUUUAACUUUAUUUUCUGACUCGGAUCCAAUAACAGCUGGCGCGGAAAAAUUCUUACAAAUGUUGAUACCUGGUGCUAAGAAUCAAGCACAUGCUAUAAUCUCUCAAGCUGGUCAUUUUUUACAAGAAGAUAAGCCGCAUGAAAUUGUUGAACAUCUUAUUAAAUUUAUUAACGAUAAUCCAUUGCCCCUCUACUCGAAACGUUAG